CUAGUGUCGCCUCCGACGUCGGCGAGCACCGCCCUCCUCUGUCCCCUCCCCCUCUCCCCUCCCUUUCCCCCCUCCUCUCCUCCUCCUUCCUAACAACUUUCACCGCUCGCUCCCACCGCCGACCUCACCUCCCAACCUCACCUCCCACAACCCGCAACUAUCGCCGGCUUGCCUCUGCCAUUAGUCAUCCCUCUAGACCGUCGACUAUGGAAUCCCACAUCACCCCAACUCGGAAACUCCAAAUCCCUAUCCCUGCCGGUCACCACCGCUGCUCAUGGCCGCCAGCAACCCGCCACUGACCGCUCCACCCACCUCCUGCCCUCAUCGAAUCCCAAAUCCCGGACGACUCCCUCUUGGGGAUUAGUCAUCAAUCACUGGGGCUUGUGAUUAGUCGGGCACAGGCAGUAGCAUUCAUGCCAGCCUACUCUACCGGCUUUUGCUGGUCGCAAACAAGGAACCCCAACAAACCAUGGUGCGUCACCCCUGUCACGUCCAGACGUGACUGAGCUGCAACUGCCUCCGGCACGCACGAAUCAUGCUUGCCUCAUCGUCCCGGGAGCUGCGCAAUAAAUUGGCCUGCCCUUUCUCGCCAUGUCAGCCGACUACACUGCCGAGUGCUCGCUUCCCGGCACGGCUGCCUCCGAUCCCCUGCGAGUCUGCGACCUCCACCUGCAGCCAUGGAGCAAGCCGCCCCGCCGCCGCAGGUCCCCCGCGCCAAGCUCGGCACCCAGGGGCUGGAGGUGUCGAAGCUGGGGUUCGGGUGCAUGGGGCUCACGGGCUCCUACAACGCCCCGCUCGGCGACGAGGCCGUCGCCGCCGUCGUCGAGCAUGCCUUCCGCCGCGGGGUCACCUUCUUCGACACCUCCGACGCGUACGGGCCCCACACCAACGAGACCCUCCUGGGCAGGGCGCUGGGGCGGCUGCCGCGGGGGCAGGUGCAGGUGGCCACCAAGUUCGGGAUCGGGCAGGGCGCGGCCGGCGGCCUGACCGUGUGCGGCGAGCCUGAGUACGUGCGCGCCUGCUGCGAGGCCAGCCUGCGCCGCCUCGGCGUCAGCUACAUCGACCUCUACUACCAGCACCGCGUCGACAUCACCGUCCCCAUCGAGGACACGAUUGGUGAGCUCAAGAAGCUGGUGGAGGAGGGGAAGGUCAAGUACAUCGGGCUGUCGGAGGCGAGCCCGGACACGAUCCGGCGCGCGCACGCCGUGCACCCCAUCACCGCGGUGCAGAUGGAGUGGUCGCUCUGGUCCCGCGACAUCGAGCCCGAGAUUGUGCCGCUCUGCAGGGAAUUGGGGAUUGGAAUUGUUCCUUACAGUCCAAUUGGCCGCGGAUUCUUUGCCGGAAGAGGAGUGACACAGCAAGUGUCUUCUGAAUCUAGUCUGCAAAAGCAUCCAAGGUUUGCAGCAGAUAAUUUGGAGAAGAACAAACAGAUUUACCUGAAAAUGGAGGACCUGGCCAAGAAGCACCAGUGCAGCCCAGCUCAGCUAGCUCUAGCAUGGGUUCUGCAUCAAGGAGAUGAUGUGGUCCCUAUACCAGGGACAACCAAAACCAAGAACCUAGAGGCCAACAUUGACUCGUUGAAGGUGAAGCUGACAGAUGAGGACCUGAAAGAAAUCACCAGCCAGAUACGUGCAGACGAUGUGGCUGGUGGAAGACAAUACAAUUCCUACGCACAUACCGCCUGGAAGUAUGCAGACACACCGAAGAAGUAGAGCUCUGGAAAACAUUCUAGCCACAACGAGCCUAUGCAUGCAACAAUUGAACUGUUCUCUGCAUAUGCGCUAAAAUCUUUUCAUUGAUGCCGAUGUACCUUGUGAAUACAUCGCGGUAAAUAAUUUGGACAAAUAUUCGAAGAAUAAUAACUAAAUGACUUAUGAGUUAGGGUCAGGGUCCAUCCACUUAUGAGUUAUCACACUCUCAAGCUAUGUCUCCAGAAUUGAUCUGUUGAUGCCCAUGUCUCCAGAUAAACACUGUUUUCGUUUUUGUAAUCCUGAAUUGAUUUGUUGGUGCUUUUAGUCCCAGUUGUAGUGCUUUCCUCCGGCAUGUCAUCUAGCUGAUGUAUAAAAACUGAAGGAAGACUUUAUUUCGUACUUCCUCAUGAUUAGUAUAUGUUGUUCUCAAAGAAAAAAAA